CCUGCACGCCGCGAUGGAAACAAGCGAGGAAGCUGCCGAGUGUCAGCGUGUGACGCAGCCGGAGCACCUAUCCGCGGCAGGGACACUGACACCUGACCGCUCCGUCUGCUCACCCCGCCGGUCGGCUCCUCAUCACGACCACUCCGGCUCUGCAGUGCAGCGACUGUUGCGUUUUAUGGAAGCGGAGCCUGUGCAACCCGCCGUGGUCAUGCUGCCCCCCAAGAACUGCCUGCCGAGGAACUACAGCUGCAUAGCGGGGCUGUUCGGGAGCCUGGCGGCGGCGAACCCGAGGCUGGAAGAUGGGGAAGAGUUUGACAUGAUGAACGGUACGUGCGAGACCACCGAGAACCCCGUGGUGGACGAGAGACCCCGGGGCAGAGAGAUUUUCCUCAAGCCCCCACAGAGCCCCAAUCUGCGCAGGAGGUGCAAGUCUCUGCCGACCCCCACAGAGAGAGCAAAGUUAGAGAUCUCCCGCAGCAGGAGUCCCACCAGUCAGAAAAAGGUCCGCUUUGCCGACUCUCUGGGCCUGGAGCUUAUUUCAGUGAAGCACUUUGAUGAUACAGAUGUGCCAGAAGUGCCGGAGCGCAUUUUGGCUAAAUUACCCAAAGGAACCUUUCACCUCAACCAUUUGGACACAAAGUUCCCCCGGCCUCCUGCACAGUCUAUCUUCAUGGAGCUGCAGUUUACAAACCCAGGCACGCUGCCCGGCUUCGAGCAGAAAGUCAGGGAGGUGAAAGUGAUGCUGGAGAGCGUCGAGGCGGAUGAAUUCAGCCUCUCCGGGUUUGUGCGCGUCUUGAAUCUGGCUUUCGAGAAGAGCGUCUCUUUGCGUUAUUCUCUGAACAACUGGAUCACGUUCAUGGACAGUUUGGCCUCUUAUGUCCCCGAUUCAAGCGACGGUGUCACCGAUCAGUUUUGUUUCAAGAUAGUCAUGCCCACCUACCUGGACAACGGAGGCACGCUGCAGUUUGCAAUUAAAUACUGUGUCGAGGGGGAAGAGUUCUGGGACAAUAACAAUGGGAACAACUACAAAGUGCGGCACCACCGGUUCAAGAUGUCCCCUCCUCGGGAGUGGGAGAAUGGAUGGAUUCACUUCAUCUGAGAUUUGCAGUGGCACAUUGUGUGCGUAAUUUGUGCGUAAUCGAACCCCGGGUACCUUACUUAUGACCGUAGCCUGUUUAAAAAAGAAAAAAGGAUAUUUUUUUUUCCUGCCAUUGUCAGCUGCACACAUGCUGUGACACAGAAAAAAAAUAAUUUCCCACAAUAUUUCAAACAGUUGGCCCGCUGUGAUAGUAACACAUUGAGUGUUUUAAAAAGUGCAGUUUAAGGCUGGUAGGUUCCCGGUGUUGGGAUGCUGUGAGAUAUUUUGCCUUGAUGUCAGGGCUCUGUACAGCUUGUGCCCUUUGGGAGGGCAUGUUCACGUUAUGUAAUGUAAAAACACGUGCCACGGAAAAACGUGCCGGGCAUUGCCAACUUCAGGCAUCACUGCUCAUUUCGGGGGGUGGGGGAUGCUGUAAAUGUAUUUGAUGGCAUGGCGUUAGUGAACAUUGGGUUUUGCAUGAGGGCAAACAUAUCGACUUAACGAGAGGCAGAGAGCAUCACUUGUUGGCUGGUGUGGACCCCAAACAAAGCACGUAGCAAACUCCUCUGCAGACUGAGGACAACACACACACACACACACACACACACACACACACACACACACACACAUGUCUUACCUAUUUCACAGGCAGUAGCAUGGGGAAGGUUCAUUUAUUUAAUAUUCAAUGCAUCAUUUCCUACUGUCAUGCAAGUAAAAAUGCCUUAUUCUAAGCCAUGAAGUAGGAAGUUAUAUAUUGAAUGUUUGUACAGUAUUUUCUCCAUUAAGCCUGAAAAGAAUAAUGCAUUAGAUGGUCAACCUACAUUUUGAAACAAUCCAGGGACACCAUAACCUCAUAAACCUGCCUUUUCGCCAUUGGUUUGCAUCAGUUUGGUUUGUUUUUUGCUGAAUUGAUGUAAAAAAUGUGGCAUAUUCAAAGACUAUAAGCUAGUUUCCAGAAGGAAAAGAAAAUCUAAAUUAUAACUGAUUAUUCCUGUAGCAUUCAAUCACAAAGGCUGUGUCUAUAAGCGAUGGGAUUCAGCUCUCUCAUGCUUCGUGGGGUUUGUUGUUUUAUCUGAAUGGGCUCCUUCCACGUGCAGAUUCGAUUUCGUUGCUGUCUGAAAGGUUAAAUUUACCUCAGAUCGUUUGUGGACCUUUUCUUCUUCAGGUUGAUCCGUAUAGAGCAGAUGUAGUUAUUUUCUGAUACAACAAACAGCAAACUUAUUAACAUAUAUUUUCAGAUUUAAAAGUCAGUGCUCAUUGAUUUCUAAGGUUUUCGUUAAUGCGCUCUGUCCGUGACUGUGUUUAGCCAGUAGAGGUUCGCGAUAGUCAUCACUGUGCAAGAAUAGUACUGCUCCUCACACAUGACCAAAAUGGCUCGAACCACCUCCCUGGCACUCCAACCGUCUUGUUGUUGCUUUAUUUCUAUACCAGACACCUCGACUGAUGUUAUACAACCAGCCACUCCUCUUGCAUCUGUAUGUUUUUGAUUAAUUUAGUGGUGAGUCGUCUUCCAAACCCACUCCUGUUCUUUUUUUUUAGUCAGUGAGCAGAAAGUUGAGACUCCAGCAACUAGAGCAACAACAGGCAGGGUGCUUUUAAUCCUCCGCCUGAACAUCACUUUUGACUUUGUUUACAUCACCGUGGCCUCAGAGAGAAGCUCUCCGUUUAAUGAGGCCAUCAGGUCGGGAUGUGGACCAUUCCUGUAACCACUUAGUAUUUUUUGGAGCAGCUCCACUGUGAAUCCAUCAGUCCUGUUUGUCUCCAAAUAUGACACGAGGACUGCGAUGAUGUUAAAUUAGUUCUGAUGAGAUGAGAGAGCCAUCAGAUCACAUUUGCUACCAUUUCACUGAGCUUUCUCUCAUCUCUUCAUUUACAUACUUAUAAAAAAAAGCAUGGUCAUGGCAGAGCCUACUGUAUGUUAUGUUGAUAAAUCACUGAGUAUUUGCAUUUUGUCUGCUCUGGUCUAUGUAAACAUUCAAGCAUUCAUGCAGUGCUGUACCAGAAAGCACGAAUUUACCUGGCUGAGGUGGCUGGUGCGGGUACAUAGAGAUGCAUCAAUACCAGAUCUGUUCUAUUGGACAACAACGUACUCAGUUUUAGUCUGAUAGAACACACCGCUGCUGGCUUUGGUGCAUCCCUAUGCCAUGAAAACAAUGAAGGGCUUCUGGUCUGAUUCGAUUCUCACCUCGAUGUAUACAUAACCGUUUGCAUCCGAACUCACUGAUAUAUAGAUACGUAUGUAUGUACAUGUGUUAAUGUUUCAUAUUGAAUGUCUUCCUAUUACUGUUCUGUGUUCUGUGUGUUUUGAAGCAUUUUAAAAGCAGAAUAGAGAAGGUAUGAACGGUCCAAGUUUGUGAAGUUCUAAAAAAUUAUUUAUUAAACCAAACUCCUUAAAGCACACUUAACUUAAUUAAAGCUGUCUUCGAGAACAAAUAAGGCUAGUGUUAGAAUUGAAAACGUUUUAACAAGAAGACGUAGAUUUACCAAAAUGUGAGCAGUGUAGCCGAAUGAACUGUAUCUAUUGUGUGCACAGCUACAGGUGUACGCUGCCUUACUAAGCUGAGAGUUCACUUUGGGAGGGAAGGAGGUGUAAGAGAAGAGGAAGAUAGCAGGUGCUUGUUUGUUCAGCGAUAAUGCGAUUGCAGAGCAUGUCGACUCUGGACAGUGAUGAGCGACAUAUCGGCACAGAGCUACACUUUGGUGAUUGAUAACUUUUUGCAUGAGCGACUUAUGAUUGUAGCUGUGACUGAGCGGACUCGGUCAAAGCAGGUCUGAUGCACUGAGACGAGGGAACGGGGUUGUGAUGUGAAAGCUUGUUCUGUGAAUAGCUACUAAACGAAAAUGUUUUCCAUUCUUUGUCUUAUUGUAAUACUCCUUUUUUCUCACUAUGUAAAGUCACUUAUGUCUGUUUUUUUUUUCUUUGCUUUCUUGUCAGUGAGGUUUUUGUUUUCUGUAAUUCCUAUGCAACCCUUUUUUUUUGUAACAUCUGCACUGUGAAUUUUCACCAUAUUUGCAUGUACGGCUGAAAAACACCUUUUUACUUUUCUGUUUAGGUUCUAACCCAUAUUUUGUUAAAACGAUGGUUAAUAAAAGCAUUUGUGAUGGAAA